GCCUGCUGGGUUGACGGGCAAACAAAAUGGCGGCGCCCAUGCAGCUCGGUGUGCGCUUUUUCAGACUGGCAAGAAAUCUCGCAAAAAUUCGAGCAAGUCGUUGGCAGGAUACCUCCAGAGUCACUUUUUGUGAUACAUCAGGUGUUAAGAAUGGCUCGGAGACAAAUGAUCCGGACCAAAAUGAUGAAACUACUGAGCUUCAAGCAGAAGAAGUUCGACCCAAACUAACCGGUUUCGCACGCGCAUUUGUAAAGCAUUCAACAGUGCAGCAACCUGAUCUUCCCGAAAUAGAUGCAACGUCAGACACUCCCAAAAGCUUCGCUUCUCUCCUGAGACAUUCAUCCCACGUCCACAUCGGCAACGCCAAGGGUCAGAUCGUCAUUGGGAAGAUAUUUCAUAUCGUUGACGACGAUCUUUACAUUGAUUUUGGUGGGAAAUUCCAUUGUGUGUGCAAGAGGCCAGAACAGGAUCCUGAGAAGUAUCAUCGUGGUGCCAAGGUCCGACUCCGAUUGCGAGACAUUGAGCUGACGGAUCACUUCAUUGGUGCAGCAAGGGACCUCAGCUUACUGGAGGCUGACGCUGAUCUAUUAGGACUUGCCAAACCUCACGCGCAAAGUGCAUCUUGACUGAUCAACCAUGGAUUCUCUAGAUCUAAGGAGUGAGGCUGCAAGGGGUCUUGAAGAAAAGACUGCUUUUGAAAAUUGGACUGGGCAGUAGCCAUUUUCAGAGCACUUCCACUCUGUAGUUUAAUAGGGCCAUUAAGCAGCAUGGCUUAUUUCGGUUUCAAACUACUGUAUCUCAGUUGAAAGCUUUAGACAUCCCUCAUGAUGUAUGAUCAUGAGCCAUAACCUAAAGCUUUAAAGCCUUCCAAAUUCCAUACAAUCCGCUGGGAAAUUCUGGAGGAAUUUGCAGGAUUAAGUAAGGUUGAGUUCUCUUUCAUGGCCAUUGAUGCGCCUUGAAAUAAUUUAUAACUAAAAAAUGUGUCUCUGGGUUCUUGCGCAUCAAUAGAGGAUUCUGGAUGCCAUUUAAACGAUAUAAAUUUUAAAUCUUACUAUGGUAAUUUUCUAUGAAAUUUCCCAAUGUCAUGCAUAUGUGAUGUGUUAUCAUGUAAAACCAUUUUAGCCUGUGCACAGCUUCAACUUGAGGAACAGCCAAAAAAUAACAGCACUGAUUUUUCCCCGUCUGUUUUACUAAACAAACUUUUAAAAUUGAUGUCAAAAACAUUUCAUAGUUUGGUUUAGAUUUUCGUGUAGCAUGUAACCAAACAAAGAAUUUUUGUUUUGAAAAAGUGAAUAUUUCAAAGACUCAAUUGGUGCCAAUACAUGUGUACUGUUUCUGUCUGCAUCUGUAUACAUUUCCACAAGCAGUGGUGCCCCAGGGUGGGGAGAUGGUGAUCCCAGGGGAUAAUUGACAGGUUUACAACAGUCUUGCUUCAAGACGUGUUUCGUGAAUGCAUUUAAUGUUGUUCCCCAAGACCCCAACUUCUCCGUCUCCUACAGGCAUCUCUAAACCACGAUUUGUUAGCUCACAGCUAGCUAGCUGUGUGAAUGUAUUGCCUAAUGUUACAGCGCCCUCAUGCGUCAAGAAACAGCAUAUAAAAACAUCCCAGUCUAGUUUACGUUGACAAAAAAAAAACACCGUCCCAUUCUCCAUGUGUCUGUUUUCUUGGCGUGACAAUUAUGUUAAUUUUGACAAGUUGGCGAGCAUUGAAAAGAAGCUCAAUACAUGUACACGUUUUAGCACAUACUUUUAGAGAAACAUGACACUUUUUCUAGAUAAUGUAUUACUUAUUCAUGCAGUUUUUCAUGGAAAUAAAAACUUAUUCAACGAUGCUCCAAA